AGAGCUGAGGCAUAAAACUGGCAGAGGACCUGGGGGCAGGCAAGCAAGAACCAUGCAGUUCAUCCUGCUGGUGGGUUUGAUCGCUACCACCCUGGCAGUUGCUCCUGUCCGCUUUGACAGGGAGAAGGUGUUCCGCGUAAAGCCCCAGGAUGAAAACCAAGCAAACAUCAUAAAGGACUUGGCCAAAACCAACAAGCUCGACUUCUGGUAUCCAGAUGCCAGCCACCAUGUGGUUGCUAACAUGACAGUGGAUUUCCAAGUCAGUGAAAAGGAAUCCCAGUCCAUCCAGUUUGCCUUGGAUCAAAAUAAAAUGUACUAUGAAAUCUUGAUUCAUGAUCUACAAGAAGUGAUUGAGAAACAGUUUGAUGUCAAAGAAGAUACGCCAGGCAGGCACAGCUAUGCAAAAUACAAUACCUGGAACAAGAUUGUUGCUUGGACUGAAAAAAUGGUACACAAGCAUCCUGAUAUGGUCUCUCGUAUUAAAAUUGGAACUACUGUUGAAGAUAAUCCACUGUAUGUUCUCAAGAUUGGGAAAAAAGAUGAAAGUAGAAAGGCUAUUUUUAUGGACUGUGGCAUUCAUGCACGAGAAUGGAUCUCCCCAGCAUUCUGCCAGUGGUUUGUCUAUCAGGCAACCAAAACUUAUGGAAAAAACAAAAUUAUGACCAAACUCCUGGACAGAAUGAACUUUUAUGUUCUUCCUGUGUUCAACAUUGAUGGAUAUAUUUGGUCAUGGAAACAGAACCGCCUGUGGAGAAAAAAUCGUUCCAAGAACCAAAACUCCAAAUGCAUCGGCACUGACCUCAACAGGAACUUUAAUGUCUCAUGGAACUCUUCUCCUAGCACCAAAAACCCAUGUGAGGACACCUAUCCGGGCCCCAUUCCAGAGUCCGAGAAAGAGACCAGAGCUGUCACUGACUUCAUUCAAAGCCACCUGAAAUCAAUCAAAGCCUAUAUCACCAUACACUCCUACUCCCAGAUGCUAUUGUUUCCGUAUGGAUAUACAUCAAAAUUGCCACCUAACAAUGAGGAACUGACCAAAGUUGCAAAGAUCGGCACUGAUGUUUUAGCAACUCGCUAUGAAACCCGCUACAUCUAUGGUCCAAUAGCAUCAACAAUUUACCAGACACCAGGUUCUUCUUUAGACUGGGCUUACACCAUGGGCAUCAAGCACACAUUUGCCUUUGAGCUCCGAGAUGAAGGCAGAUUUGGUUUUCUCCUUCCGGAAUCUCGGAUAAAGUCAACCUGUAAAGAGACCAUGCUUGCUGUCAAAUAUAUUGCCAAGUAUAUCCUCAAGAAUACUUCCUAAAGAAUUGCCCUCAGUUUGGAAUAAGCCAAUUAACUCUUCUUUGUGCUUCUCAUCAGAAUGUCAAUCUUCAAUUAUCCCUAAAUAAUGCUUCCACAUCACCUGACUCUUGCUCAUUUAAGUACUGUAUUAUUUCUUUUUGCUUUCAUUUUCUCUCAGUAGCAACUUAACAAAUAGCUUUAAACAAAAGAUGUUAACUGCCUUUCUUUGUUUCAAGUAAAGUUUAAAACCUGCACAAAGUAUUAUUUUGAGUAUUUUCAAAGGUGAAAUAAAGUGGGUCAUAAGAAAGACACGAGAACCCUCAGUUUCUCCAGAAUCAGAUUUUCACAGUGUGGCUUCAUCAUUUUAUGUGCUAAUAUAAUAAAAAUAAAACACAUUCCAAAAUG